ACGGCCAGGAUUCCUCAGAGCAGACGCUGUACUCUUGGCCAUAAUGAGGUAAUAGAACUAAAACCUCGUGUUUCCUUCUUUAAAUCCCGUAUAAACUCUCUGCUCCCCCUCCUCCACUUUCAAGCCCCUUAAGAAUCUGCAAUGUACCUGCCGCCUGUUAAUUAAAUGCGUUUUCAAGAUGCCUUCAGUUAUUAGCCCAGUUGCUCCCGCGGUUUCGAAACUUGAUCAUACCUCGAAUGUGAGAUUAUAUCUGAAUUAGGGGGCGACUUUGACAGUACUGUCACAAAACAAAACGGCCCUGUCGCUGUAGACACAGAGCUACCGAAUACAGCAGAUCACAAUGAUAUACUCACUUGCGAGCAAGAGGUUUUGGUACGAGCUUCUUCGCGGCAUUUAAUUCUUGCGUCUACGGUUUUCCGUGCCAUGCUUCAGCGCAAAUUCAGCGAAUGUAACGCGCUUCACGAAACCGGGAGCGUUGAAAUCCCUCUUCCUGCCGAUGAUCCCGAUGCCUUUCUUAUCAUUUUGAAUAUAAUCCAUGGCUACAUGCGAAGGGUUCCAACAGAGCUCGACCUUGAUACAUAUACACAGGUUUCAGUUCUAGCUGACAAGUAUGAUGUCCACGAAGCCGUCGAGAUUUUUGCAAAUUUCUGGUUCGAGAAACUCAAACCCACCAUCCCCCAGACAUACACGGAAGAUAUCCCCGGGUGGAUAUGCAUUUGCUGGGUAUUCAACCGGCCCAAAGAAUUCAAACACCUAACUCGACUCGCACUACGACAAGGCAGGCAGAAUCUCCCAUUAGGAGACCUUCCUAUUCCCGCAUCCGUUGUUGAUGCAAUCAACAGUCAACGCAUCGACUCUAUAUCCCGCAUAGUUUCCCUCCUCCACGCCCAGCUAGCAGACUACCUCGAGAAAGAGCAUUGCAGUUUUGAAUGCGACUCGCUCAUGCUAGGGGCCUUGACGAAACGGUUGAAAGCCCUUCAUCUCUUCCCCAGCCGGCCGGACCCUCCCUUUACGGGCCUCUGCUUUGAGCAAUUCGCCCACCGCUUCAGAGAUGGCUUGUACUUCCCGGCCGCCCAACGCACAAGCACUUAUUAUUACGACCAUGCCAAAUGUGCCAUUCCGUCAAUUGAACAUACGCUAAAGAAGUUUGAUGAGCAGCUGGCAGGCUUGGAAUUAACUGAGCAUAAGCUGUUAUCGUAG